AUGGCAACCGGAUACUGCUCGGCGCCACACUCGGCAGCGGACCAAGUCGCGCAGCUGCUCGCGGAGCUCGACGUCUUCGAUCAAGAAACGGCUCGCCUGAGCCGCGAAUGGGAGGCCAGUGCCAUGCUGCCACGUGGCAGCAUCGCAGGUGGAAAUUCCUAUUGGCGAACCGGCUUUGCGAAUGAGCACGUGCCGUCUCAACCGUGGGACACGUGGGAGCACCCCAGGGCGAAGCAAGAUGGGGCAACGGUAGGAAUUGACACUCUGGGGGCUUCUGCGGUUCUGCCAUCUGCUGGGAGGCUUGAGGAGCGGAAUCAGCGGAACUGGGCGGAUCGCUGUGUAUCGUGGAAAGCGGAGACCGUUCCAAGGUCCGGGGGCUUGGAGGGCUGGGAACGGGAAUGGAACAACGCGGCCCAGGAACUUGGGGAGGUUAGUGGCGAGGGUUUGGCUAACCAAAGCGAGGGUGAAAGUCUGGUGGACAAUAAGCUGAACUUGGUGGCUGACGAAGAUGGUUUGGGAAACCAAAGCGAACGAGAAAAGGUUUGUGGGCGGGGUUUGGAUAACGGAGGGGUUCCGCAAGAGGACGGACGAGAUGGAUUGGAGAAGGGGGACGCGAUCGUGCGUCCGAAGAAAGCAGCGUUCACGUUCUCAAGGACUCCAAGGUUUCCUGAAGUUUCGACGGCGUCUACAGAAUCUGCUGAGGCGGGUGGCAAGAUAGUGCUCACUGAAGCAAACCCAAACCCUAAGCAGGCGCAAACCUUGAACCCGAAACUUGCUCCGCCGUUUGCUAAAGCGCCCCCCCGGAGAACCAAUAUUGAAGAACUGGUUACGCAAUCGAUGCCCACUACGGAUAUGGUUUACGAGCCAGAGUAUAAGCUCGUGCAUAAGAGGGUCCCGGGGACGUCUUUCGGAAAACCGGUCAGCGGCCGGGGGAAGAAACGGCGGGGCUGCGGUACUGAUUCUAAUGACGGCGUUCGGCAGGCCGCUGAGCGCAGCGUUUUGGACAGCCUUUGUCGAAAGUCGGGUGCGAAUGUGGACUGUUUCGGAGAAACGCGCUUGGUCUUAUCAGAAGAAAAGAGUGAAGGAACUAACGAGAUUGGCGAGGAAAAGAGCACACUGGGGCCAGGUUUCUACGACGUAGACUUGAAACCGGUUCAGAAACGGGUCCCCGCUGUCGGGUUUGCUACCAUGGUUUCACGCGAAGAGCCGGGUAGAGCAAGGAGGACGGAGGAGGGUCAGCUGCUAACCCUGGACUUAACCCGGGCGCUGGGCGCGGUCAGCAAGCGGGUCAAGGGGGUCGUCGGGUUUGGAUCAGGGCCGCCCCGGUUUGUGGAGGAGGACGACAAAGAGAAUCAAACGAGAAUAGAGCUGGAGCCAAACUACCGCGCCCUGGAGCCACGCGUCAAGGGCGCCCUUCCAUACAAGAAGCCGGCCGGUGCGGACCGUCCGAAGCCCCUCAGUCCGGAAAACUCGCAGCUGCUGACGUCACGCUCGGCGGCUUCCAGCCUGGGAACCGCCUCCCCGAUGGAUACACCCCGAGGGGUGCUCCCGUCUCCAGACCCCACUCCCCUCUUCCCGCGUCACCCCGCAUGGAAGUUCUCCCCGCCUACGAAUCAGGGGUCUCCCGCAAAGCCGCAAACCAGACCCCUGCGACAGUUGACCCCAAAUGAAACGCUCGUACGGCCUCGGACGGAGGGAGCGCUCGAGUUCGGACGGGCUACCGGACGGGUUGGCAAGGAGGAAAGCGUGACGGUGCGACUGAGACGGGCGAAGCAACCGGGGCCGGGGCAAUACGCACUGGCUCAGGCGUGGCGGCACCUCCAACGGCACGUGCCCAGCGCCGCCUUCGGCGCGAUGGCGCGGCGGUGGGCUGACGCUUCGCUGACGUCAGCUGACGGCAUCCGGACGGCCCUGGAGGAGCUGUCCGCGGCGGUCCGACUGACGCGGCCGCGGCCGCCGGCCUGGAGUUUCGUUCCGGUGUCCGCAUCGCUCCCCGUCCGGCGCACCUGGGACGGCCGCCGCCCGCUGGACGUCCGCAUCUCGUUCGUCAAGCGCCGCACCGGGCUCGCGCUCGGCUUCGACGCCCAAACCGGCCGACGUCACGCUGACGUCACAGCGCGUGACGUGGACCGGCGGGACUACUCGGUGCACUUUGAGUUGGUCGAGGCGGCAACUAGGGUGGCGGACUUUGGGCACGGAAGCGAGCGGAGGCUCGGGGGUGACGUCAGCGAGGGGGACGGGUAUGGAAUGGAAUUGGACGUUGAUGGAGGCUUAGAAGCGACGAGAUGGAGGCCGCCUCAAAUGGUUCCAAUUGACAGACAAACCGGACGCCCGCAAAGUGCGGACGGUCCGAACCGGCGGACCAGAUUCUUGGAUCCGGACGCAGACCUGCCGUUGAAACCACACGUGCCCACAGUACACAUGAGCGCACAUCCGAACCGUUGGAUCGACGACCACGGCUCAUCGGACGGUCCAGAUGUGGGCGCGUAUGACAUGGGCCGACCGAUCGGAUUGGAUGCGACAACUGUCGAUUUUGCAUUGGCUAAAGGGAGGGAGUUAGCAAAGCGUGUUAGGAAACGGUUAGAGGGCGACCGGUUGCUUCUAGAUGUUGAUGCCGGGUGGGACGCGGUUAAGCCCUCAGCACCCUCGGUUAUCAUUAACCCAGUUCCAUCGGAGGGGCUGCACCGGGAGCUUCCCGGUCCGGAAGUGGGUUACUACGAGCCUAACCUGACCCUAACCAAGCGGCGGCCAUUGGACGGCGUCGACAUGAGCCGCAUGCAGGCGCGAAACCGGAUUACGGAGACCGGUUUACCGGACGGGGAGCGGUUAGCGGCCGGGUUAGGCGAGUACCCUCUCUCGGACGAGGCCGUCAGGGCAACGGUCAGGGUUCCAGGGUUUGAGAGAUAUAGGGGACACGUGGCAAAUGGUCCGAGAAACGCGUGGGAUGACCAACCGGAGUUGGCAGUAUCGGACGGGCUAGUGCGUCCGCAUCAUUGGACGCUGUCCGACAUGGACAAAAUGGUCGGGCGGCGGGAGGAGCAGCGCGAGCGGUUUACGGACCUCGACUACGAUACGAACAAUGCCGCAUUCCGGCCCGCCGUUCCGUCCGUCCGCCUGGCCGCACAAACGGGCCACGAGACCGUAACGCAACCGACCGGAGCUGGAGACCUCGAUGCCGGCUGUUACGACGUAACUAGAGUUGGGGAAAGAAGAGCGCCGGCGGUGGACUUUGUUUCAGGCCCGACUCGCGCAAUACUGGAUCCAUACGAGCCGUCGAUGGAAGGCGACCAGCUCAUCCUGGCCGUCCACGCCGCCGAGCCGGGCGACGCGGCGCGGCGGCGCGCGGCCGCGGCUGCGGACUUCGGACGCGCGUCGGACCGCUGGCUCCCCGGAGAAGUGGCGCUUUUGGACCGGGCGGAACUGGGGAACAAUCUGCUGCUGCGACCGGAACUCGGACCGGUUAGAAGAAGGGCGCCGGAGGUGGACUUCAGCCGAGACCGACCGAGAUGGGAGUGGGCUGACGCACGCGCUGACGCGAUUGAGCUGUAUGGCGAGGGCCACUUCAUGGAGCACCACCUGGACGACGCGCCCAUGCGCGCGCGCACACCCGGGUUCGACUUCGGAAGAGUGGAAGGGAGGUCCGCUCUCGAAGCCCGCGAAGAGAAGCGCGUCCUCCGGGCGAUGCCCCGGGGUCAGCCCAUUGAGCAAGAGCGCCUGCUUGAAGGACUGAAGCUCACCCGGUACAAUCCCCCGAGGACCAACUUCGGCCAGCCGCCUUUGCCACCGAUCCAGGAGAGCCUCGGCCGGGGGGAGGCGGCGGAACGGGCGUUCUUCAACCGUCUCACAAAAGAAACGAGGUUGAACGCAAUGAUGGACAGACUGAAGGGGGGAGCCGAUAACUUGGGCAAGCCCAAACGGAAGAUACGGGUCAGCGGCGCCGUGGCAGUUGACUUGGAGGCUGUGCGGGAGGGGCGCGGGUGGGGCCGGAAACGGAAUGAAAGAGGAGCCGGAAAUUUGCGGUCAAUGGUGGCUUGA